AUGGUCCCUAUCAAGCAAUUGGUCGUCCUGCGCCGCAAGGCAGGUCUAACAAAGGACGAAUACUUUGACUAUCACUAUCAAAAGCACGGUGCAAUCAGUACUGCGCCGACUGCCGCAGAGACUCCUGGGAAGUACUUCCAGACACAUUUCGUUGACGCAGCGUACCAUGCGGACACAUCGCAUAAUGUCCCGAAUGCCCACCCGCCCUGGGCAUUUAGCGAUGGCGUUACAGAGCUUUAUUUUGACUCUUCGGAACACCUGAUGCGCGUCUUUCAAUCAGAAUGGGUGUCCAAGAAAGUGGGACCCGAUGGCGUGAACUUUUCCGACUUCAGCGCGGUCCUUCCAAUGUUCGUGAGAGAGGAGGCAGUGCCCCUACCCUUCACUCGCGCAUCCGGGAUGGACCAGCAGGCCGAGAAUACCUUCGUGGCUAUGUAUUUCGUUGCGCUUCGCGACCCGGAAAUCCCGUCGGAAACGUUGAUCUCGGAGCUGGUAUCAUCUCUGGCUUGUCAUGCAUCGCCGGAGAUACAGUCGAUGCUGGUGAAUGUCCCUGUUGAUUCUGGAUUUGAUCUGGGUGCUUAUUUUGGAGGGGAGCCUCCGGUGCGCUAUCGAUUGGUCUUCACCAUGAUAUUGCGUGGGAAAAGAUCGAUUGAGGCCAUUCGCAAUGCCCAGGCCGACUUCGAGGAGAAAAUCACAUCGCUUGAUCUACCGGCUACAUGGAUUGGUUUUGGAGAGCGAGCCGUGGUGUUGGACCAGGCCAGUAACGUUAAAUUCGACGCGAGUCGCCAGCCGUUCAAGAAUUCCAAGUUGGACUAG